UUUGUUGCGGCCCCUCACUUUCUCAACACUUGGACAGAGGGAACUGAUACUGUGCCUGUGUGUGUGUGCAUGUGUUUCUGUGUGCAUGUGUGUGAAUCAUUCGGGUGUCCUCCUCGCCAUUCUCGAUCUCACUGGACUGAACUGUACGUGAACAUGACUGACGGGACUUUCUAACGCACUCCUCAUGCUGAAUGUUCACACCACAGACUGAUGGAAUCAGCACCUCUGGUUACAUCAUAAAGACCGACAGACAGGACAACAUAUAUCAUACAGUGGCAGAUUCCUCUGUGGCAGUGCCGGUGUCGUUCACGGCUUUGUUUCCCAUGGACCUCAGGGUGGGAGAGCGGGGCAUGCGCCCCGGUUCGGACACGGCACUCCUCACCCCGCUGCACCCGCCUUUACUCCUCGGCCCAUUACCCCCUCAUUCCCGCCCCUCCUUCUCCCAGCAACAACUGCACCAACACAUCCGGUUUAACAUGGAGCAGAGGAGGCGAGAGCAGGAGCAGCACGAGAAACAACAGGAGUUGCAGCAGCUAAAACACAAAGACAAGAGUCAACAGAGUGCGGUGGCCAGUUCUGUGGUGAAACAGAAACUCCAGCAGGUGAUUCUCAAUAAGCAGAAACAGGCGGCGCUGGAAAGAACAAACUCCAACACUCUGAGUGCACCUCCUGUACCAUACAGAAAGCUGGGUCCAGACCCCAGUUUAUCGUCCCAGCCUCUGGUCUCGUCUCCCUCACAGCCAUCCUCUGAGAGUUCAGAGGGGACGCCGCUACGCAGAGCAGCGUCUGAGCCCAAUCUGAAGGUGAAACACAAGCUGAAGAAACAUCUAAACACCCGCAAAAGCCCGCUCACCCGCAAAGAGAGUGCCCCGCCUAGUGUCAAACACAGAGUACCUGACACACUGGACUCGUCCCCCAGCAGCAGCAGUACUCCGGUCUCUGGCUGUAGUUCUCCUAAUGACAGUCUACCCAAUGAGAAUGGGCUACUGCCAUCUGCAGGCGGCCUCUCACAUGAGGCCCAGAAGCUGCUGCUCAGAGAUGGAACUCUAGCUAACUUCACCAUCCAGAGUCCCUCCACUCUGCCCACCAUCACGCUGGGACUACCAGCCAACGCCAGGGUAAACACUGAACUGCAGCAGAUGUCUGUCGUAACAACUCAUUUAUUCUUGAAUGAUAUCUUUUCCCUCAAACAAGUUGAAGGAGAGCUGUCCUCAAUGAAACUCAGCCGGGUGCCAGUGGUCACAGCAGGGGGCUCACAGGUCUUCCUCCCCCUGAGCAGAGAGGAUCAGGCCGGGCAGCUGAACCCUCACCUGCCUGUCAUCAUCCUGGAGCCCUCUGGAUUGGUACACACUCCUCUACUCACUGUUCCAGGUCUAGACACCGUCCCACUACAGUUCGCACCUCAGUUAGACCACCUUUCUCCUGUAGGUGCCCAGCCCCACAAGCCCCUGAGCAGAACACGCUCAGAGCCCCUCCCCCAGAGCCCGCGGACCCUUCACACACAUCUUCUCCAACAACAGCACAACACACAACUACUGGAGAGGCUCAAACAGCAAACUCACCUGGGCAAGCUGAUGUCUAAACCGAGCGAGAAGCCCAGACUGCAUCAGAUCCCCUCUGAGGAUAUGGACUCAGAGGACGGUGGUGGGACGUCACCCACAGAGCCAACCUAUCAGAGCAGAGUGAGGGCAGAGUCACUGAGGGAGGCGGAGCCAACAGCAUCCAAGAGCCAGGAAGAGCAAAUAAACCUGCAACAUGCACUCAUACUCAACCAGUCGUUACUGUGGGAACAGCAGAAACAGCUACAGCAGCUGCAUCGACAGAUGGAGACCCUGGCAGUACCCAUGUUACGCGGCACCGGUGGGGUUGGUAGUGGGCUGGGGGUCCAUCGACCCCUGUCACGAACACAGUCUUCCCCAGCCUCCACCUCUCUCACUCUGCCUGAGAAACCCCUGAGUCUGGAUACCAGCAGCAAACCACGCUUUACUACUGGCCUGGUAUAUGAUUCUCAGAUGCUGAAGCACCAGUGUACAUGUGGAGACAACAGCAGUCACCCAGAGCAUGCUGGGAGAAUACAGAGCAUCUGGUCCCGACUACAAGAGAGAGGCCUGAGGGGACAGUGUGAGAGUAUUCGAGGCCGUAAAGCCACUCUGGAGGAGCUGCAGUCAGUCCACACAGAGCGCCAUGUGUUGCUGUACGGCACCAACCCACUCAACAGACUCAAACUGGAUAACCGCAAACUGGCCGGAAUCCUCUCUCAAAGGAUGUUUGUGAUGUUACCGUGUGGGGGUGUAGGGGUUGAUAAUGACACCACCUGGAAUGAGUCGCACACCUCUACAGCAUCACGUAUGGCAGCAGGCAGCGUUGUGGAACUAGCCUUCAGAGUGGCCAAAGGAGAACUAAAGAACGGCUUUGCUGUGGUCAGACCACCAGGGCAUCACGCAGACCCCUCCAAUCCAAUGGGAUUCUGUUACUUCAAUUCUGUGGCCAUAGCCGCCAAGCAGCUCCAACACAAGCUCAGCGUCAGCAAGAUCCUCAUUGUUGACUGGGAUGUUCACCAUGGCAACGGCACCCAGGAAGUGUUCUACAGCGACCCCAGCGUUCUCUACAUCUCGCUGCACCGCUAUGACGACGGAAACUUCUUCCCUGGCAGUGGGUCACCAGCUGAGGUCGGUUCGGGAGCAGGCGAAGGCUUCAAUGUGAAUGUGGCAUGGACAGGAGGACUGGACCCACCCAUGGGAGAUGCGGAGUACCUCGCUGCAUUCAGGUCUGUGGUGAUGCCCAUCGCCCAGGAGUUCUCUCCGGAUGUUGUUCUGGUUUCGGCUGGGUUUGAUGCCGCUGAAGGAAAUCCAGCUCCUCUAGGAGGGUACAAGGUCUCCGCCAAAUGUUUCAGCUUCCUGACCCGUCAGCUGAUGUCUCUAGCAGGAGGUCGUCUGGUUUUGGCCCUUGAGGGAGGUCACGACCUAACUGCUAUCUGUGACGCAUCUGAAGCCUGUGUCAGUGCACUCCUGGGCAUACAGGACCCACUGGCAGAAGAAGUCCUACUCCAGAAGCCCAACGCUAAUGCAGUCCGCUCUCUGCAGACUGUCAUACAGAUACAGAGCCAGUAUUGGCAGAGUGUGAAGCCUUACAGUGGAUCAGUGGGUCUGUCCUAUCUGUCUGCUCAGAGAAGAGACUGUGAGGAAACGGAUGCUGUCAAUGCGUUGGCCUCACUCUCUGUGGGAGUCCUUUCCAACAAGAGCCUCCCUGACGAGCCAAUGGACGACAGUGACUCCAUGUAGAAAAAUCCGACCAAUCACCUCACAGAACUCACCUUCAGGAUUUGGGCCCCACCUGUAGCCUCAGAUCUCCCGCGCUGUCACAUGACCAUGAAGGGGACGUGUUUUUUUUGUUAAUGCCACUGAGCCCCACCCAUCUGCCUUAUUCACACACACGCACGUCCACCAACACACAAUGCUGAACCUCUACAGACCUGCCGUAUGAGCACCUCAAUGCUGGUUACCACGCAGCUGAAGCCAGCAGCACUACCUGCAACUGGGAAACCUCACCAAAGAGCAAUACCAGAUGAUUUUUAAUAGACUUUUCAUGUCUCCUGACUGACAUUGGAUUUUUUUUUUGUGUGUGUAUGUCCAGAGGUCCAGACCCACAGCUCUGUGACCACAAACCUUAGAAGAACAGACAGAAUUCAGUUGCAGAGUCCAGCUCUGUUCUUUUCGAAGCACUAUGUACCAGCGGCUGUUUAGUUGCCUUAACUUUGCCUUAACUUAAGGACCAACAUCAGGUUUCAGAACGAGGAGAUUUUGGAUUAUAAAUCCCUUCCUUCUCUGCCACUUUGCCUCCCACAUCAGAGCUGAAGCAAAUGCAAACCAAACGGGAUGCAAAAUGGCUGACAAAUGGCAGAAUGAACCUAUGACAUCAGGUGAAAGUAUAAAACGCGUCCACCUGAUGGAUAAGAUGCAAAAAAAAAAAAUCAACAAGAAGAAGUGGCUACAUCGCAAAGAAAGAGUGGAGAAAAAAAAAGACACAGAGAUUGUCUGUUUUAAUGAUGUCAUUACAUGCAGUUAACCACUAAAAAAGACAACAAAGAACUUGAGGGGAAGAGAGAAAAUGAAGACACAAAAUGGACAACUGUGGUUUUGUAGAAACAAAGAAGGGGCAAAUGUCCUUGUUGUUUUAUUGCACUGUUCAUUCCAUAAUGUGAACCAUAAGAAAUUCCAAAGCUCUGGGAAAAGAAACAACAACUCCUCUCUGUAGGUUAUUUAAUAGUUUUUGAAGAUUUGGAUGAAAUUAUGUUUGCUAUACUUUUCCCACUUUUGAUCUGAGAUGUCUUAUGAAGUCUCUGACUCACUCUAAGGACACGCAUUGGCCGAAAUACUGUAGAGUUGUAUUUCCUCUGAAGUUAAUCUGAAAAGUAGGCAAGAUCUUAAGAGCAGGAUAAUUUUUCACUGCUGUUCAGUGUCUUAGAUGCACACACAUACACAUACACAUACACAUACACACACCUACACACAUGUACAAAGCAGUGAUGAACUAUUGAUGUACCACUAGUAUUGAAUACUGUAUAUUAUUGUUUAUAUUUGAGACUAAAGGAGCACUCAUUCCACCGUGGCACCACUGAGGACCAUUGUAUUGUUCUAUAGUAGCAAUAAUGUUAAUGCACUUAAUGGACAUCACCCAAAGAAAACUGCCUUAAAAUAGCCUGCACUUGGCAAUGGGACUGUAUGGAAGCAACACAAGGGACCAGUAUGGAUACUGCUCUUACAGAGACUUUAAAAGACAACGUUUGAACCUGUGGAUUUGGGUGAACAUCAUAUUAUGCAGACUUUUGGUAUACUGUUUGUUUGGACUAUGAGAACAGUGACCUGGCCUGGUUUCAAUGCUGUCUUCAUUCUGUAAAAAAAACUAAAAAACAAAUCUAAAGUUUUCCAGGCCUUAUCACAGUCUAAUUAAGGAAACUAAGGUGUUGCGUUUUGUGAACUUGAGUGUUUUUCCAUAUGAGAGACCCUUCUCUCUCUCUCUCUCUCUUUCUCUACAGUUGUGCUUAGUAGCAGCUCUUCUUGUCAUGUUACAAUCAGCCUAGACAAUGCCAUGCUAAACACAUCUGUCCGUCAUCUAAGUUGAUAUUUGAAGUAGAGGUAGUGUUGCUCAUUUAUUUAAACAAUUUUGGGCUCUGCAUUCCAUAAGUAAAAGUACAAGAUCAUGUUUUUAGGGUUGUUGUGUAGCAAAAUAAAGCUUGUUGAUGUGCAUUUUUCAUGCACACUAGGUUUCUGUUUAGACUUUUGGUAGCCAAUAUUAAUGUUUUUAGGUUAGAGCUGCAGAUAGCCGAAUCAUGAUAAUAAAAAUUGACUAAAUUUGUGGCCAAAAUAAAGAUACAAAAAAUAAAGUACAGCUCUUUUUCCAAACUUCUGUUGUUUUAGUGUGUUAAAGCUUCUAAAAAAAACUUCUCAACACUAAAACCGAGAGUAAUAAAAUUCAUAUUUGACUAGUUUGCAGCUCCUUACAUAUGUCUGCAAAAUGUUGCUUCAGAGCUUUCCUUUGAGUUUUACGUGCAUGGUUAGAUUUAAAGCAGCAUAACCUGAUUUCCAGCUCUUGUUUGCAGACAGAGGUUUGAUUUGGUGCAUGUGUGUAAAUGCAGCUUUUGUAAAAAAACAAACAAAAAUCUAGAUUAAGUUAGUCCAACCUGCACAGCAAAUUAAUCUGACUGGCCGAAGGAAGUUGUAUCAGUUAAGCAUUCAGGUAGGAAACUGUAUGUUCAGUUUGCUUUAGUGAGACCCUGGGCAUCGUCUGCCCUACAGAAGGCCUUAGAACUUUUUAUAUUAAACAAGAGGACGGUGGAAACCAAAAGUGAAGUCGCAGAAGUCCCACUGCUCAUGCACCACAGCUCCAUCCAAGCAGGAUUUUUUUUUAUUAAGAAAAAAGUUGCGUGGAGGAUUGGUGUUCUGUAAAGGGUGCAACUGAAAAGCGUGUCAUUAAUUUAGUGUUGUUCAUAGUAUUCUUAACAGCAAGUGACGGCAUUUAAACAAUAUGCUGUGUCUCUCUUACAGUGUGCCCAGCAGGUGCAUGUGGUGUCUAUGAAGUAAAUGUUGUCUGAGUGUAUAUGUGUGUGAGUGUUGUCGGUGACUGCAUGUGUACUAGUACAUAUGUAGACUUCUGCCAUGUGUUUUGUGCAUACAUGUGAAAGUGUCAGUAUGUUUGUGUGUGUUACUGUAAAUGACCUCUCCUGUAUUAUAUUCCCAGUGGCUGUUUUCUUUUGUUUUAUGUAGAGGCCAGUACUGCCUCAACUCUUAAUUCCCUUUAUUACUGACGUCAUUUGUACCUUCUUCUUAAAGAAAGACACUGUAAAUAGAAUCUCCAAGACCAAAUACACAUGACACACACGUGCCUUAAUGCAUUCAGUAGUAUGUGUAUUGGUAACUCUUAACUAACUGGACUUACAGUAACUCUGUAUCUAUAAACAUGACAUUGAAAUCUUUGUUUCAUGCUAUUCUUUAUUAUUUACCUAUGUGUUAUUUUUCCUUCACAUUUCCUACCAUGUGUAUGUAUAGAAAGAUUGUCUAUUUUGUACUGUUAUUUUUGUCUUUUCCUCUUGAUUAAAAAAAUAUUUCCA